CCGCCAGGCCAGCGUCGGGCCACUCUUUCCUGCUCUGUUUUUCCUUCCCCCUUUGUUUAAUCCGAGACUCAGCGGAAGAGAAAACAAGGAUAUCGUCGACCUCGAAGUGGAAAAAGGAAAAAGGAAUAACAGUCUCUCAGAUCUCCUAUUCUUCAUUCUCCGGCAACGAUCUUCGAUAGGAUUUCUGUGCCCUCUUCUCGGCCUCGAUCGAAUUCGGGGAUUUCCCUUCUCUGAACCCAUUCUAACCGGCUUUUUGAAAUUAUUCAGAUCUUGGAUGAAUAAGAUUGAUCUAUCCUAACCUGGUCAAGCUUUCGAUCAGGUUCCCUGAUUUGAUUUCCCUCUCGAGAGACGUACAUAGGAUUGCUGGUGGUCUGAGAAAUUUCGAGCUUGAGUUCGAUCGUGCAUGCCCCCUUCUCUGGAUCUAAAUUAUUUUUAUUGAAUGAUCUCUAGACAAGGGGAGGAAACCCUAAUUACCACGAUGGGGAACGAUGAGGCCGACGCCUUGAAGGUGGGAGACGUCGAGGAGGGCGAAAUCUCGGAUAACGAGUCGGUUGAGGAGAUCAGUGAGGAGGUUUUCAGGAAGCAAGAUGUUGUUGCCAGCUCUCCUAAUAAGGAGUCAAAGCCCAAAGACCCAGAUACUAGGGUUUGGACGAUGAACGAUCUGUAUAAGUAUCAGAUGGGUGGGGGUUACGUUGCCGGUUUGUACAACCUCGCUUGGGCGCGCGCUGUAAAGAACACGCCUCUAGACGACCCAAUUGUCAAAGUUGAGGAGGAUAAUUCCAAGCGGCCGCUGUCUCCGUCUUCAUCCGCUGCUUCUUUGAAUAGCAGCGGGAAGGGAGGGAAGAAGAUUGAUAAGAUUAUCAUUGAUGACAGUGGUGAUGAGAAAGAAGAGGGGGAGUUGGAAGAAGGGGAGAUUGAUCUGGAUUCUGACCCGAGUGUUGCCAAUGCUGCUGCCGACGGCUGCUUGAAUGGGGAGUCGACAAGGGAGGUAGAGAAGCGAGUUAACACGAUUCGUGAGGCUCUUGCCAGUGUCACUGUGGUUGAGGCAGAGAAAUCGUUCAAGGGAGCGUGUUCAAAGUUGCAUGACACAUUGGAGAGCUUGAGGGCAGUGGUUCUGAAAAAUACUUUUCCAUCGAAAGUUGCUAUAGUCGACCUUUCAUUGAAUGCUAUUCGUUCAGUUAGUUUGGUCUUUCGGUCCAUGGAUGGAAGAUUGAAGGAGGAGAGCAAUAACAUCUUUUCAAGGUUGAUGUCUAUUGUAAGAGAGUGUCACCCUCUUCUUUUCUCCAUCGAUCAAAUUGCAGAGGUUGAGGCUAUGGUUUCUUCACUAGAUCUUUCGUCAUCUGAGAAAGCAGCUGUUAAUGGGAAAGAAGUACCUAUUGAAGUUGAAUUAAGUAAGAGGGGUGGUGAAUCAUUCAGUGCAGUCCAGGAUGAUACUACAGGAUAUAGAAAUAACAUUAAUGCAGCUGCUUCUGAGUUAACAUUUGAGAAUAAGACAGGCACGUCAUUUGAAGAUUCUAAAGCAGGACUUUCUGCCUUGAGGAGUAGAGGUGUUCUGCUUCCGUUGCUGGACCUCCACAAAGAUCAUGACGUGGACAGUCUUCCAUCACCGACUAGGGAAAUGGCACCACCUUUACCUUUGCAUAGACCGGGAUUCCCUACACCUGUGCGUGUGUAUGAAAGUGAUGCACUUAAAGCUUUCUCUAGCUACCAACAGAAAUUUGGUCGUGAUUCCCUUCUCAUGAAUGAUAGACUUCCCAGCCCAACACCAUCCGGAGAAUCUGGGGAAGGUGAGGAGAAUAUUAGUGGUGAAGUUUCUAGUUCAUCCACAUCUACUUCAGCCCAACCAGUACAUACUACUUCCUUACUCGAGAAUUCAAGUGUGGAUGUCUUCAUGCAUCCAAGGAAUUCAGUUCCAACAAAUCCUUUACCCACCCCAGUGCUGAAAACCUCAGCAAAGAGCAGGGACCCUAGGCUUAGGUAUGUGAAUUCUGAAACCAGUAGUUUGGACCAGAACCAGAAUGCCCUGCCAGUCAUGAAUAAUGUGCAGCAAAGCGUCAAUAUGAUUGGAGGGUUGACGAACAUGAAAAAGCAAAAGGUUGUUGAGGAUGCUAUUCAGGAAGGCCCUGCACUUAAAAGACAACGAAUUGGAUUGGAAAAUCCUGGUAAUGCCAGGAAUCUAAAAAAUUCUGUUGGAAGUGGAGGCUGGCUGGAUGGUUCUGAUACUAGUGAACCACAAAAGAAUGUCAGUGUAAAUCAGUUUUCAGGGAAUGCAAACAGUAAUCUAAUAGGAAUCGAUAAUGCAGUACCUGGUAGUGGCAUCAUCAAUGUUGGUGUUGGGAGGGAACAUCUACCAGUGUCUAGCUCUGGUACUGCCCCGUCAAAGGAAUUGUUUCCGGGCUUAUCCGGUACUAAUUCUACCUCCCUUCCCGAUUUGAUAAAAAACAUUGCGGUGAAUCCCACAAUGUUGUUAGGCCUAAUUAAGAUGGGACAACAACAGAAGGUUGCAUUAGAUGCCCAACAGAAGCAUGCUGAUUUGGCAAACAUUACAUCACGUCCCAUGACCUCAAAUCCAAUUCCAGGAGUCUUUACUGCCGGUCCCUCACAGUCAUCCGGGAUAGCAACUUCAUCAAGGCCAGCUGGAGCUUCUCAACCUGUGCAGCUAACUGCUUCUGAUGACUCAGCGAGGCUGCGGAUGAAACCUCGGGAUCCAAGACGUGCUUUGCACAACAAUAGCCUCCAAAGGACUGGUAGUAUGGGAUCUGAGCAGUUGAAAGCAAGUUUAACGCCUACAUCAACCAACCUUGGUGUGAAAGGACAUCAGAGCGUUCAAAAGCAAGAAAUCCGGCCAGAAAUUAAGGCAACAGUGACUUCUCCACCUGACAUCUCCAUGCUGUUUACCGAUAGCUUGAAGAACAUCGCCAGCAUCGUGUCGGUCUCUCAAGUGCCAACUGCUGUUCCCAAUCUCUCUCAGAGCCUUCCAGUUCAAAGUGUUCUACCAAAGCAUAAGGUAGUUCCAGAAGAAAGAGCUGGAGCUGGAGCUUCGACAGCACAAGUUAGUAGUUUGGCCCCUCGAUCACAGCAGAACACGUGGAGCGAUGUUGAACAUCUGUUUGAGGGGUAUGAUGACCAGCAAAAGGCUGCCAUACAGAGAGAAAGGGCGAGGAGGUUGGAAGAGCAGAAGAAAAUGUUUUCUGCAAAUAAGCUAUGCCUUGUAUUGGAUUUAGAUCAUACUCUUCUCAAUUCAGCCAAGUUUUCUGAAGUGGAUCCUGUUCAUGACGAGAUUCUGAGAAAGAAAGAGGAACAGGAUCGUGAAAAACCACAAAGACACCUCUUCCGUUUCCCACAUAUGGCCAUGUGGACGAAAUUGCGGCCUGGAAUCUGGAAUUUUCUGGAAAAGGCUAGCCAAGCAUUUGAGCUCCAUCUAUAUACCAUGGGGAACAAGCUGUAUGCUACAGAGAUGGCUAAAGUACUUGACCCCAAAGGCGUUCUGUUUGCUGGGCGAGUCAUUUCUAGGGGCGAUGAUGGGGAUCCUUUUGAUGGGGAUGAUAGGGUUCCAAAGAUAAAAGAUCUGGAGGGUGUGAUGGGGAUGGAGUCAUCUGUGGUGAUUAUAGAUGAUUCAGUGAGGGUCUGGCCGCACAACAAAUUGAAUUUGAUCGUUGUGGAGAGAUACAUAUAUUUUCCAUGCAGUCGGCGUCAGUUUGGUCUUUUGGGUCCAUCUCUACUUGAAAUCGACCAUGAUGAGAGACCAGAGGAUGGAACUUUAGCUUGCUCUUUAGGGGUUAUAGAGAGAAUCCAUCAGAACUUUUUUAAGCAUGAGUCACUGGAAGAGGCAGAUGUUCGAAAUAUUCUUGCCUCUGAGCAGAGGAAAAUUUUGGCCGGAUGUCGUGUGCUGUUUAGCCGGGUGUUCCCAGUUGGGGAAGCCAACCCCCACCUCCAUCCACUGUGGCAGACAGCAGAACAGUUUGGUGCUGUGUGUAGUAACCAGCUAGAUGAUCAGGUUACUCAUGUAGUUGCCAAUUCACUUGGUACUGACAAGGUAAAUUGGGCUCUAUCCAAGGGAAAAUAUGUCGUGCACCCAGGCUGGGUUGAAGCGUCAGCUUUGCUAUACAGGAGAGCGAACGAACAAGAUUUCGCGAUUAAAACAUGACCAAUGUCCUAAAUAACCUGACCUGGUAAUUUGCACCGGUUGAACAAAGAAAACAUUUAAAAUCAGUUUUGGACAUAAAAUUGGGAGGAGAACCGUGUCAUCGGAACUGUGGAGGGAAACGAAAAGGUUGUGAAGGGAAGCUGGCAGAAUGCAUGGGUUGAUGUGGGAUGCCGCUUGCUGAUAAGAAGCAAGUCUGUCGUAAGUACUUGUGGAGCUAUGGACACCGGUUUAGUGCAAAACAAGGGACCAUUUUUAAGGGUAGUUAAGCUACGCGGAGAAGACGGGCCGGUGGACUGGUUGGGGGCUGGCCAGGGGGAUUGUGUGUAGGGGUAUUCGUCGACCCAUUGGUGCGGUGUAGGCCGAGCUUUUGAGGGCAGUUGCAGCUCGGCGGAGGGAUGGGAGUUGUGGCUGGUGGUAACAUUUCCUGUGAAAUUAUUUACGGUACGGCGGCGGCGGCCAACAGAAAGUACAUAUACAUGAAGUUUCCGGCGGCGGCAUUUGGUCGACCGGGGAAAGAGAAGGUGGCGUGGUGGUUUCUUGUUUUCUGGUUUGGGCCUUGGUUUUGGUGUUCCUCUGUUUCUGUCCCUCCUCAUUUCCCCGCUGAUUAUUGAUUACUUCAUCUGGAGGUCCUAUCCCUAACAAGUAACAACAACAAAUGAAAUGGCUAAUCAAACUAAUAACGAGUCUCACCAAUGGCUCGUUUGAAAUGAAAGAAAAGACAAUGGAAGUUGAAUUUACUAAUUACUAGGACGUUUAAUGAAAAUGUUGACCUUCACCUACCAGUGAAAAACAAAUACAACUGCAGAAGUGGACGAUUGGCUGAACAUGAUUUCGUUACAACCACACUCCAAUGAAGUUCACUCC